UGACGUGUCCGAGAAGCGACGGCCGCUUGUCUUGUUGUUUCUUCAAAUCGUGGCCAGACGAAACUGUUAAUUUCACACACAAGGAGAACAUGGUACUGCUGUGAACACUUGCCAUGUCCAUGUGCACUAUCCUCAAGAACUUCUGUGAUGGAAGAGGCUUAAGAAGAGCUGCUUUUCUACACAGCAGAAGUUUUUUGCAAGACGAUAACAACAGUGAGGAUACAAAUUAAGAAGAAUACUCAAGAAUACUUGUUUAGCAGCAACCCAAAAGGGAAGAGAGGACAGCACUUUAUUGAGGGGUGUUGGGGAUGGGGUUGAAGAGCCAAAGUAGGACGUCAUGGUUCACAGCGACUCUGCUUCCCCAAUGAAAACGACAGCUUCACUCUCACCUCACUUAACUAUUGCUGCCACAGCACAUCCUUUAGUGCCUCCCUCGGGAGGCUCGACGGAUCAGGACCAAAAGCAGACCCCCACAGAACCGGCCAUCAAGGACCUUACGUCAGAUUCUGCCCAGCCCUCUACUCCAGAUCCUGCUGAUGCACAACCACCUGCUAAAAAUACAACAAAAACAUUAAGUACUAGCUCAAGCCCAUCAUUCAGGCACACUACAGAGCCCUCAACUCCUGAACAGGGCCCGAUCAAUGGCCGUACAUCAGGAAGGAAGAGGACUCCUAAGUCCUGUGACUGUUGUGGCCCCAACAGUGCGGGGCACAAUGUCGGAACCCAGGGGAAAGGGAGGGGGAGACGAAGAGGGAGGGGGACUGAUGGCGAUCUUGGAGACAUCCCGAAGAAAAGAGGGGGGAAGUUGACACAUAUAAGAAACUUUGAACUGACAAAGAACAAAGUAGACGAAUCUGAGGAUGGGGAUGACACACAACAGAAGGUCCAGUGUGUAGCAACAGCUGAUACUCAGUCACAAAGCCCCGUCUCAGUCAUCUCACAGGAUGGACCAUUAAAAAUCUGUAUUGCUCCACAGAAAAGGGAGGAUGCUUCGGUUGAACACUCAGGGGUUGUUGGUGCGGUAGAGAAAGGAGGUGUGGAUAGAAGGGACCUGGACACCAUAACAGUAUGCAGCGGGGCUGUGGCGGUGAGAGGUAGAGGGAGAGGAAUGAUAAAAGCCGCCUUUCCAUCAAAAACUGAAUUUAACGUUGAAAUAAACAGUGGAAAUAAAGGAGACGUUAUCAGUUCAAGAACGGGUGCCUUAACUCGCCCAGCACAGAAAAUAAAGGAAAACCGAGAUUCACAGUUGCACCAUGGAGACCAAAAAGAGCCCGGCUCAGUUGAAUGUCUGUUUGGAAAUGGAGACACAGUAAACCUAUCUGACACUGAAGUAGAGAUGGUGGACAGUAUCAUCGUGAGUGAAUCUGAAGAUGGAAUACUGUCCAUCUCACUGAUGAAACAUCCUGCUUCGUCAUUACGACCUUCCAAGGACGUUGACUCUGUAAUGCUGGUGGACCAAAUUUCUGAUGGAACAGACCAAGGUGCUUCCCCCGUAACACCGUCCAAUGAAAGCAUCACCUCGCCAGACUGUGACCAAAAAUCCUCAUCCAUGGAAGUGGAAACUUGCCCCCCAGCUACCGUAUCCCCCCCAGAUCAUGGUCCUAUAACUGUUAGCAGUAUAAAUGACUGUUGGGCAUUAACAGAUCACAAAAUCUACUGUCAACCUGGCACAUGGGCAAAAGAUGAGAUGGAAGAAAGUUUGAUGAAAAAACGGAUGGAUAUAGAUGCACGGAAAGAAGCAAGCCUGGAUCAGCUUGCUGAUACUGUCCACGAGUUUCUUGAGGACUUCUAUCUGAAAUAUGGCAGCUUCAUUCCUCUCAGUGAAACUGAUGUUCUGGAACACCUGAAGAAGAAAGGCAACACUGAUUUCUGCAACAGUGGCCUGGACAUCAAAGGGGAGAUGAGUCGCUACCGGGCGGGGCUGGCCUCUGUUCCCAUCGCCGGCUUCAUGGUCAUGUAUAACAAACACACGCUGAGCCUGGAGGAUCUCUGCACAUUAGAGGAGCAGAACUGGCUCAAUGACCAGAUUAUCAACAUGUAUGGAGAACUCAUUAUGGAUGCAACAGAGCACAAGGUUCAUUUUUUCAACAGCUUUUUCCACAAGCAGCUGGUUGCCAAAGGUUAUGAUGGUGUGAAGAGAUGGACUAAAAAAGUUGACUUGUUCUCCAAGUGGUUGUUGUUAAUUCCAAUCCAUUUAGAAAUCCACUGGUCACUUGUCACAGUCACCAUGGCAACCAAAACCAUCAGCUACUAUGACAGCCAAGGCAUUGUCUUCAGACAUACCACAGAUAACAUCAUGAAAUAUCUGCAGUCUGAAGCCAGAGAGAAGAAGCAGGCAGCUUUCCAGAAAGGCUGGAAGAUUACCAUCAUUAAGGGUAUUCCUCAGCAGAAAAAUGACAGCGACUGUGGAGUUUUUGUCCUUGAGUACUGCCGUCGUCUCUCGGUGAAGCAGCCUCUGCUGUUCAGCCAGGACGACAUGCCUCACAUUCGAAAGAGAAUCUACAAGGAGCUGUGUGACUGUCAUCUCAACAACUGAAUAACGGUUGCCUUUGUUCACCGUCUGUUUGCCAGUUGAUGCGGGUGUCGGAGGUUUUUUUUUAGUUUUUUUUUUUUUUUUUUAGCUAAUAGUUGGUUAAACCCUAAGCUAAACCAACUUGACCAUCUGUAUCCCGGGGAGUGCUUGCCUCUCCACCCUUCUUUCACUGAUAGCAGAGAACUCAUGACUACGAUACCAGUCUGGUACUAUAUCAGAUCUUUACUUGCAAUCUUGCAAAGAACUACUGAAGUGGCCCCCUACUGACCCCAGAAAAUGACGGUCCCGAGGUCCCCUCCAAGGAUUGCACACCUGCAAACUUCAAGUUGUUUUCUGCUUUCUCCAGUUGCCCCAGCCCGCCAGGAUUUUCUAUGAAAUAAUGAACAAUGACGCGAUUGAGGUGACCUGUUAUAUGGACCCGUAUCAGUUGGGUGGAUCUCUCUUCCCAGAUGGAGUGGCCUUACCUCCUACAUGGCCAUUUUAAACGGAAAGACUUUUUAACAGCUCUUUUUAUGCUGGACCCAAGCCGUUGUAUAAAUACAGUUAUUAUGCAUGUUUUAUAACAUGUUUAUAAAGCUAGCAUAGGUGAUAAAGUGGACCAGCAGUUCACUUAAAACUUGAAGGCCUGCGUUGAGUUUGUGCUUUUUGGACUUUAGACAUUUGCACAAUAAGAGGCCUAUCCGUUGAAGUCUAUCGAAGAAUAUUAACUGAAUGUUAAAAUUGUAUUUUUUUUUCUUCCCACCGUACAGGCUAACAGCUUCCAACCAGGAUUAUGUUUUUUAACGGCAUAGUUUUUGGUUAAAGUGUCUGAUUUGACACCAUGCUGCACUCAGAUUUUUAAUAAAAUUCCAGUAUCAUGA